AUGAAGUUUUCUACCUGUUUAUUAAGUUUAUUAGCUUUAUCUCAAGCUUCACCAAUCAGUGACAUUAAAUUUAAAGAAACUGUGGCUAAAAGAAAUGUUUAUAAUAGUUUGAAUAAUAUCUUCUCUGAUUUACCUGAAUUAGUAAAGAAAGAAUAUGAAGAACUUGAUUUGAACGAACUUUCAGAAAGAGAUGUUUUGGAACCAAGAUGGUUUAGUAAACAUAAUGAUCAUGAUAAAUGGUGGGACUGGUUCCCAUGGGGUGGUCAUAAGAAUCAUACAUUCCCUGGAAAUUUCACUUGGCCCCAUCAUCCUGAUAAACCCGAUAAGCCUCAUAAACCCGGUAAGCCUGGGAAACAUUCUGGCUCCCAAGGUAAAGGAGGACAUCAUUUCAAGAGAGAUGCUUCCUUGGGUGCUUUAGAUGAAAUUGAUGAAGUUAUAGAAGAUUUACAAUUGAGAUUAAGAUCAAUCGAAGGUUUAGAUAAGAAAGACGAUUGGAAAAUCAUUCCAUUCAAUUCAUUUUCCAUUACUAAAUUGUUCAGUGAUAAUCAUGUUGCCAUGAUGGAACAUCUUGAUAGAUUUGAAGAUUCCCUUUAUACCAAUAAUAUAGACAAAGGUUUGGUUAAAUCAGAUAUCAGCGAGUUAAUAGAUGAAUUAUCAGUCAAGUUGAAUAAUUUAGUUAUGCAAGCCAAAAAAGAAGGUAGCGACAGUCAACUUGAAAAAGUCAACCAAUUGUUAAAUGAUUCCAAAGCCUUGAUUGAAGAAAAAUUAUCAGGUAUCAAAUCAAAGUUAAGUAAUAACGAAUAUUAA